CCAGCUAUACCACUCCUAACUUGUGCACUAAUCUUUUGAAAAAAUCAUCUAUUUUUUUGGCGAGAAAAGAGUAUAUUAGAUCGAGCCACUCACGAUUAUUCCAAUAGCUGCUUUUUGUUGUUUAUCUUACGACCGUCUGCUUCAAAAUUUCUCAAGAUCUCCUCCUCUGUCGUUCACUUUGGACCAUCGCAGAACUAAAUACCACCGAAAUGGGUCGUUUCACAGCGCUUCUCCUUGCUCAGCUGAUUGCCACCUCACUUGCGUGUUUCUCUAUCCCUACAAGUAACUCCGGUCGCCCUUUUGGCGUAGACCUAGGCCCCAACUCGGAGAUGUACCCAUUCUACGAAAAUGGCGGCGUUGGUAUCGGGUUUGAAUGGCGCUUUAGACGCAGCAUCGAAAAUGAGAACGCGCACGAUAUCGACAUCGGCAGGAAACUCUUCGAAGUACUCGACAUCAACGGUGACGACCAGCUUGAUGUUAAAGAAUGGUUCGAUGAAGGAGGUAAAGUCAGAUCAUUUUCUGACAUGCUCGGCGAUCACGACAAUAACUCUGAUGAGAUGAUCUCGCUUGAAGAGUUCCUCGCCAUUCCUGUCGAUCCCGCUGUCAUCGCGGCCAUUGACCAGAUGAUGAGGAGUGACCAAAACUAAAACCAGUGACGUAAUAAUGGUCGACGCCGACCCCUUCACUCGGUUGGAAACGCUCUAGUAUAUCCUUAUUACAGGGGCGGGAAUUUAUUUCUGUGCGUAGUCAGUUUGUGCGUUGUAGUGCGUAGUAGGGCAGGGGUGGGGCUUAAGGGGUGAGCCAUAUAUAGUAUAUACCAUGGCGAUGAAUAAGGAGAAUUACAGUAAGAUGUAAUUAAAAUGUACAUGUAGAUUGCCAAAUGAAUUGAAGGUACUAUGUCCCAUUUGCAGGCCUAAACAACAAAAAUGAAAAGUUAUAUUCCAAUGGCGUUUGAAAGAUAAUACUAUUUUAGGAAUUCCUUCAAAACAAAAGGGUUGAAAAUGUCUUUUUGUGGGAAAAUAACGACCAUUAGUUGACGAAUCGACUUCAGUAAUUUAAAUCACUUUAGGAAAUAGUUUGAUUUUUAUACCCUUGUACCGAAUGGUCCUAUGUUUUGUGUUGGGCAAAUAUUCAAUAAGUUUAAUUUUGGCCUUUACCAGAAGUGGGUUAUGUAGGUUACCUUAAGAGCUCAUUUGAUGGAUGGCAUUACCAAAGAAAAAAGGAAGUUAUUCAGUCAAUCAAUAGUGUCUGACAGUGACGUCUAGAAAGUAAAUUGCUUUCCUUGCCUAAUUUGAAUACUAAGACACUGCUAAUGUCUAAAUUUAACAAAUCGGACAUACGUGACAUAUUCAUAAUUCCUGCAAAGUUAUAAAGACUUUGAUGUUGGCUGCAGAAGGGACACAGUACCUUUAAGAGAACAAUAACUUCUUCUUGAUGUCGUACCUGUAUGACUUGUUUAGAAAUCUCCUUUUUAGUCACGAUGUUUUAUUUUAUUUCAGAGGGGGGCGGGUGUAUGCGGAUUAACUCUAAAUUGAAGUCAUGUAUUUUCACACUCUAUGCUUGCAUUGUUUGAUAUAUAAUAAUGCAAUAUGGCAUUUUACAUUUAAGACUUCUAUAAAAAUGCAUUUCAGAAAUAUUUCAUGUCGAUAUUAAGCCAAAUCAAUUUGAAUAUGGUUUGUACUGCAACUAAUGAAACUUUGCAAAAAGAUAUACACCUUAAAUAUGGUCCUGAUAACAAUUAAUAAACUUUGGAAUAUCAUUUA